AUGACUGGAACAAAGACUCCUGCUGAUGUUAUUGCCUCUGGUUCAUCCAACAAUGGACCAAAUCAUGACACCAAUCAUCCUUAUUCCUACAUUCUUCAAAUGCACCUGUUGCUCAAUUUACUGUCCAAAAAUAUUGGUGACAGUGUCCUUUACUCUAAAAGUGCAAAGGAACUUUGGGGUAGUCUUGAGCAUAGAUUUGGCCAGUCAAAUGGGGCUAAACUAUAUCACCUACAGAAGAAAAUAGAAAGAUCAGUACAAGGAAAUAACAACAUAGCAGGAUACUUUACCACAUUGAAAAAAUUAUGGGAUGAUCUGGCUUUAAAUUCACAUUUAGGAUGCACUUGUGACUAUGUAUGUGAAGGUAAGAAGAAGCAGGCCAAAUUUAUCGAAGAUCAAAGGAUCAUCCAAUUCCUUAUGGGACUUAAUGAUGCAUAUGGUCAGGCAAGUGGGAACAUAUUGAUGAUGAACCCUCUUAUAAUCAUGGAUGUGGCUUAUUCUUUGCUAUUACGGGAUGAAGGUCAAAAGGAAGGAUACAUCAACCCACAGUAUUCCAGUGAUGAUUCAUCUUUUAUGGUAGGUGCACAAACAACGAGUCCACGUGGAAUGCAUCACAAACAUAUGGAAACACUCAACAAAAGUUCAAGCUAG